GGCUCUGUGAACGUAUUGGUGAACAAAAAAAGUUCGGUGUCACUUUUCACGAUCUGAUUGGCCAGCACUCCCGUCAGCAACUCUCCUUACGUUUCCUUGAGGUCAGCUAGGGACGUUAAAAAAUAAAUAAAUGGGAAAAUAGAAAUGCGUAGAAAGUAAAAGGCACGGUGAAACAAUCUAGCUUGUUGGUCUUCAAACUGACGGGCAGUGUCAGCAUCCAAUGUGGGACCAGAUGCAAUUUUGAGAAAUUUAUUGACAUCGUCCCUAACCAAUCUAAAGUAGGCUAUCUAUAAAUGAUCAACGUGCAGGAUUCUCGGAUGACUGGCCUUUUGAUCGAGGAUGGGACAUGGAUUUCAGGGAGUUUAAUAACACCAAAUAGCAUUAAUCUCCUGGUAAUGUAUGCGUUCCUUCGUGCGCAAUAAUCAACGCGUAAAAGCAGAACUCCUCAAAAAGGGCGCACCGAAAUUCUUAACGGAAAACUGUGCACUUGUACACCGAGCGAUAAUUAAGAAACUGAGGAUGCGUAGUGUCCAUGCUGGUUCAAACACAACAAUUGGAUAAGGCAGAAUAGUUUCACUUUCAGAGCCACAAUGGAGCCAGUUUCAACGUUCCUCGCCGCGCGGAAGGGAGGGCGUGCGGCUCACCGAUUGGGGUAAAGUCAUGUUGAACGAUUUAUAUCGCAACCUACGUGCUUCAAGAAAGUCCAUUCUGUUCCAAUCGCCAGUAGAAAGGCGUGGCUGCCCAAAAUCUUCGACGAAUAGUGAAAAAAUGGGAGGGCACGAGUGAGCUGCGUGAUGUCCUCUCCGAAGGUAGGCUGCAGCGUGUGUUUAUUGAUGAGAUGAAAGAAGAUGGAAGUGAGAAAUGAAACAAAGUAAGGGACAAUAUUAAUAAACUCAGUCCUUGCCUGGGGAAAACCGGGGAAGCUGUGAAGCGCUGUAGCCACUGGAGAAGAAAGACCCUUAAAGCAGCAGGGCGACAUUGAUUCUGCAUGAGGUUAGAUUGUGGCCGGACCGAAAUGAAAUGAGUGGCUAACGACUGACCUCUUCCGCUGCACCACCACCACCAGCAACCUGUAGCAUCUAACCAGUGCCUCUUCACCAGCCUGAUACACCAACACACCCACAUACACACAAUUACCUAACAGAACACCAUCAGACUGUGACAUCAGGUGCAAGGGGAUGACCGAACGCAUUCACCACAUUAAUCUCCACAACUUUAGCAAUUCUGUACUUGAGACCCUCAAUGAGCAGCGAAACCGCGGGCACUUCUGUGACGUGACUGUUCGGAUCCAUGGUAGCAUGCUGCGAGCUCACCGUUGUGUGCUGGCUGCAGGCAGCCCCUUCUUUCAGGACAAGCUGCUCCUGGGCUACAGUGACAUCGAGAUCCCCUCUGUGGUUUCUGUACAGUCCGUCCAGAAACUGAUUGACUUCAUGUACAGCGGCGUGCUGCGGGUCUCCCAGUCCGAGGCCCUGCAGAUCCUCACAGCUGCCAGCAUACUUCAGAUCAAGACCGUUAUCGACGAGUGCACCCGCAUUGUUUCACAGAAUGUUGGCAUUGCUGGAUCUGGCAGCUUUUCCGUCGUCCCAGGUGACUCGGGGCAGGAGACACCACGGGGAACUCCCGAGUCUGGCACGUCCGGUCCCAGUAGUGAUGCCGAAUCAGGCUACAUGCAAACAUCUCACCAGAGCCUUGACCGCGUUUAUUCCUCGCUUUAUUCCAGCUGUCCUGGGUUGGGCCUGCAAAACGGUACCCGUGGAAAUCGCUCCCACUACCCCAGUUCUGCGGUGACCGCCAGCUACGACUCACCCCUUCAACUACAGCAGAAGGAGGGAGGGCAGGACCCUGCCUGGAUCACACGCAUCCACGAGCGUUCGCAACAGAUGGAGCGCUUCCUGGCCACGUCGGAGACUACACACUGCCGUAAACAGCCUCGUCCCGUGAGGCUCCACACAGGUGAUAUUCACAUCAAGCAGGAGCAAGGGGACGAGUACAACUGCUACGGGCUUGAGGACUGUCGUGACGACAGCGAGCAGCUGGAGUGCAUCGAAAGCGAGCCCAAAGGCGAGAGCUUCGACUCUGGCGUCAGCUCUUCCAUCGGCACGGAAACCGAUUCUGUCGAACAGCCUUUCCUGUCCGGGUUCGCUCGAGACAAUUGUCCGAAUAAAGGCCAGCAAGGUGAGCGCGGAACCCCGGUGCAGAUCGAGGUCAACGAUUCAUCUCCCGAGCAGACCCAAGAGUCGGUCGAAGAUGGUAGUGGAAACGGUCCUUCUCAAGAGAGCGGUGAGCUUGGAAUCCAUCAGCCGCCUCAAGCCAACCUAGCAACACCCCAGUCCAUGCCAGGCGGGCCAUACCUGCGGCCAGGUGAGCCACUUACCAGCAACCUGCGCAUGCCCCUCACCUUGACCAGCAACACCCAGGUAAUGGGAACCGCAGGCAACACGUACUUGCCUACGCUCUUUGCAACCCAGUCAGCCAGCGACAACAAGCCUUUCCUCUUCAGUCUGCCCCAGUCCAUUGGGAGUCAGCAGCCCCAAUUUGUGGCAGUGCCCUCUCCGAACAUGCCUCCAUUCCCCAGUGGACUGACGGUGCCACCCGGUGGAAGUCAACAGCAAGGUGGUGCGGCAGUGGGACAGCAUGGGGAAAAGAAGCCCUACGCAUGCACUCUUUGUUGUAAAACCUUUACUGCCAAACAAAACUACGUCAAACACAUGUUUGUGCACACAGGUGAAAAGCCGCACCAGUGCAGUAUCUGUUGGCGUUCGUUCUCGCUGAAGGAUUAUCUUAUCAAACACAUGGUUACACAUACAGGCGUCCGAGCAUACCAGUGCAGCAUCUGCAACAAACGCUUCACCCAGAAGAGCUCCCUCAACGUCCACAUGCGCCUGCACCGCGGAGAGAAGUCCUACGAGUGCUACAUCUGCAAGAAAAAGUUCUCCCACAAGACCCUGCUGGAGCGCCACAUGGCCCUGCACAGCACCGGAACCGGGGUCUCCGGGGUCAGUGCCGCAGGAAGCGCCGGAGGCCCCGCGUCCAUCCCGGUUCCGAUGGCCGUCCCCGAGCCGGGAGCGGGAGUGGUGGCCCUCGCCAUGCCGGUGGGAGCGGGCGGAGCGGGGGGCGGAGUCGGAAGCACCGGAGUGGGCGUCGCUGCGGAAGCAAGCUGCCAGGAGGGGACCACCUACAUGUGCUCCGUGUGCCCUGUCAAGUUUGACCAAAUCGAGCACUUCAAUGACCACAUGCGCAAGCAUGUCUCCGACGGAUAAGUACAAACAAAAAAAACUUACGUAAAAAAGAAUGAAAUGAUAAAGAAAACGGCACUAGAUUUUUUUUUUCUUAUAUUGGGGGCAUGAAGAGUAAUGAGUAUAGACACUGGCACAUUAAGUUUUCUAGAAAAAAAAGAAGCGUUUAAUUUCUUUUCUUUUCUUUUUUUUUCCUUUUUUUGUCCUUGCUAUUCUUAAAGAAUAAAAAAAGAUGGUGGCCUUAAGGCUGUGUAGUUGGAUAAUGAUCCACUGGCUGGAUCCAUACUACUGGCCUCUAAAUGUAUGCUUUCCUUAAAUACUGAUUUAUGUGUUGAACACUACCGAAAGGCCUGCGAAAGAACACACAAGAAAAAAAAAUUCACAUGCGCGCACACACUCAGACAUACACAAACACAUAUACACAUACCAAUGCAUGCACUCACACGCACAAACUACUUAUACACACUUAUAUAUGGUAGAGGUAUUUUGUACGUAUGUGUAUUUGUGCAUGUGAGCGUGCGUGUGCACAAAAAUAAACAUUGCAGUGAAUUUUUUAAACUUGUAGAUCUUUUCCCAUGUAGACCGUAUUGGACACUAUAAGCGUCCAAGCUUACUGUGGUAUAGAUUAUAAAAAAAAAAAAUUAUAAAAAAAAAAACAAAAAAACAAGAAAAAAAAACAUUUGGCUCUAGAUUCAUUCUAAAAUAUUGAUGGUCACAUGUUUGCCUUUUUACGUGCGAUAAGAACAGGAGAGUUGUUCAAUUUGACACUGGGUUUUUAUUUAUUAUUAUAGCAUUGAGGGAUUAUGAUGUUGAUGUUGUCAAGGUACAAGCCAGUUUUACUAACUGUACUAAAAUGGGAAUCGAUGAAUGAAUGAUUAUUAUGAUUAUGACAUUUUUUUUUUUUUUUCUCCCGCCACACUUUUUUGAUGGUUCAGGUCAAGUUUACAAAGAAAAAAAAAGUUUAUCAAUGACAGUAUUCGAGCAAAAAAUUUGAAUGCCGUUAAUAAUUUCCAAUUCGUUUUGCAUACACUGCCACUUAGAAGACGACUGUUAGUUGACCUCUUCCGCUUCAAAACAAAAUGUGAUAUAAAGUUUCGAGCAAUUGAUUUGUUCUUUUCGUUUGCUCCAUGGUUCUGUUUUUUAUCUUUGGAAAAAAGGAAAAAAUGGCAGAUUUUAGUAUGCAAACAGGCCCAGAAUCCAAGUUAACUGCUGCUCCUCACGUGCUCACUUUGAGACUGUUAUCAGCUGUAGAAUCCGACGUCAUGUGGAUAUUUCUCUAAUUAUUAUUAGUUCUCAGUGAACAUGGGAAACGUUAAGCUAUUUGGAGCCAUGGGCUAGAUUAGAUCAAAAGUGAACUGGACAGAAAUAACCUCCUAAAUGCGUAAAAUGAUGUAUUUCCUGUUAGCGGCGACUACUAUGACUCAGUUGUUUGAGCCGGUGGGGUGACUAAAAUGCACUACUCCUGUUCCUAAAGCCCCACCUAGUGGCUCAAACAGCCGUUCUUGUGUUUUGCCUGAUGGGAAAUACAGAAGGGAAAGGAUAUAGGCAACAGAAAAAAAACAAAAACAAAAAGAAAAAGAAAAAAAGAAACAUCUACUGAACCACAAUAAAAUAAACACGGUCAUUCUACUUUAAUAUACCACAGGGAGAAAGCUCUCCAAACAAUAAGAAACAUUCCCAAUUUUACCGAUAUCUAGACAUUGUGUGUGUACUUGGGAAGUGAGUUAAGAAGGUUGUAUUUUUGGUGUUACGUCACUCAGAAGCUCUGUGUUCAUAUUUGGCUUUGUUAUACACGUAUUUUAUGGAUAUAAAAGACUCAUCUGCCGUGCAACUGCAAUCAGGCAAUUUUGCUCACUUAUCUGAGUAGAUACACCUUUGAAGUGUCGUUAAAAUGAUGACAAAAUGUAUCAAUCAGUUUAUUUCGACUUUUUUCCAUUUUGGAAUUUGGUCACAUAAGUUGUAGGUUUGAAAAACAGUGCUACUUUGCACAUUUACUUCAAAAUCCUGUGCUUAAACGUUGAAUUGUUUUACUUAAGAAAUUAAAUUCUAUGAUUUUCUCUUUUUAUUUUCAUUGUUUAUAAAGGAAAUAUCUUUUCUUAAAAGCUUGAUAAGAGGACUGCAUUGUUUUCUUGCAUAUAUGUUGCACUGCUUAAACCAAUAAGUGCACUACUGUUACCAGAGAUGUUCUAGUUUUUAGAGAUAAUCAUUUUUUUUUUUUUUUUUUUUUUUUUUUUAUCAAAUAUUUGGUUCUAUAGUUCACUUGUGUUUGAGUAGCUUUGUUCCUUUUUUUUUUUCUUUUUUUUUUUAUUAGAUGAUUAAAUUUUUCUUGGCUUUGUUAUCAUCACUUGCUUUUGUAUUUACUUUGUGCUGUUUAUGCAAGUUUUUUCUUUUCUUCUUUAUUUAUAUUUAAACCAUUGUGAGCUUAUCCCUGGUCAGAUCCUAAUGAUGUAUUGCUUACACCACUUCCAUCCCUUCCCACAUCCCAACACCACCCCGAUGCAGUUAAUUCAUUCAAGCAAAUGCUCGGUUUUUCUUCUCAUUCAUACCAAACGUAAAAAAAAAAAAAACAAACAUAAAAAAAAAAAUCCAUAAAACCACAAAACCACAUUUAAAAAAAAAAAAUUGUAGUGUGUGCCUAAAUAUAUGAUAAAUGUCUUUUAGAACAAGUAAGUUUCUACGAGAGGGUCGUCGUGCAAAGCUUUUAGUGCUGUCUAGGGAUCAAGCACAUUUAUGUAUGUGUUUGUAUGAGCAUGUGUGUGCAACAUGUUUGUGUGUGUAUAUUCCUCUAUGUGUGUGCUGUACAAUUUGUGACGCCUGAACUGUAGGGCUUCCUUUGCAAUAUGCAGUACAGGUACGGCAACAGUGACAACAUGUUAUUUUACACACCUAGGAGUGCAUUUGGUAACUUUCUCAAGAACAAUCAUUACUAUAUUCCCUACAAUAAAUAACAUGAGGAACAUGAUGCUGUUAAGGCCCUUGCUUUAAGUCUGAACGAUAUGAUCUGGCCUAACCCAAUGCUGUCCCGGUGAAUUCAUCGUGCUGUGAGACCAAACGUCGCUUUUUACUCAAUUUUAUGCUGCAAAGCUUGGCCACAGGCUGUUUUGUAUCGGUCUGAGGUGUUGCCUUAGACUAGCGUACGUGUUUGUUGGUCAUUUCGAAUCAAGUUUCUUGUUUUUUGAGACCUGGUGCUUCAGCUUGCCGUACCAUUCGAACAGUUGUGUUGAGUAGCGAAAUGAGAAGAAUGUUCUGUUGGCUGCAUUUGGCCGGUCUUUGGAUAAUCGAGGAGAUUUUUGGCGCCGAUACUAGAGCUGCACGAUUAAUCGUAAAAAGAUCUCGAUCACACGCACGCAAUCUUAUUUAUUAAUGACGACGACUUGCCCGUGUCUAUUGACAAAAUCAUACCGGAACAUUCAAAUAUGUGUUCUUGCUGCCACUGAACCAAAGAGAGAGCAGUUUUGAACCACACAGUAGUUAUUUCCAGGGUUGUCAGGUUUUCGCAACAAAACCCGCCCAAUUGCCACUCUAAACUAGCUCAAAAUUAGCCCAAUCACGUUUCAGGGGAGGUCCUCCGGUAAAAAUCACGUUCCAGAGGGUAAAAUCCGCAUUUUUGUCGGGGUUCCCCUGGUAAAAUUCGCAUUCCAGGGGCUAAAUAUCAUGUUAUUUGGAGUUGCUUCAACCCUCGUACAUAAAAAGCAACCCAUGGCAACAGUGUUAAAGUAGCCCAGUUCCGCGGGAAAACCGUGAACUUGGCAACACUGGUUAUUUCUGUGUUAUAAAUAUUAAAAUUAUCACAGAUGCGCUAAGAUAAAUGUUUACAGUUUGGAUAUAAACACUGAUGCCUACGAUAGUGAUCAAACCAACACUUCGAAUAACGGUUGUAUCAAUUACAUCGUUACGCAAGUAGGUGGCGAUCAAUCACUGUUAAAAAAUGUAUUGUCAUUGAAUCAUUCAUUCAAAAGAUUUGUUCAAAAACACUGAUUCAUCCACUAAUGAAACAAGUAGUCAUUGAAUUGUUUUAUUCGUAAAAUUGUGAUUUCUCAGAAUCGUGCAGCUCUAGGUGAUACUCGAAAGCGUUACAGUGUUGUUGGUUCUCAAUUGUCGAUAUUGUCCGUAGUUUGAUGAUCCAUCAUCGGCAUAGGCGUAUUUUUGAACUACGAUAUAAUGUAGUGUCAGUUCAGUCAUUUGAAUUCACGGAAACUUUAUACCAGAGCAUAUAUGUCAGGGGUCAGGCCAACCUAAACAUGAACAUUUCACCAUUAAAGCACCUAACGCGUGCUGCUAGAGAGCAGAUAAAUCGAUAUCACUUCCAAAUGGUUUGCUAGAUAAGCUAUAUUGUUCGAGUAACAUCCUUUUGUGGAGGGAGGGGGGGGAUGCAUUGGCCAUCAGCUGUGUCUUUAAGGAUAGCCUUAAUCAUGUUUGAAUCAAGCAACCAAAUGCAAUAUUGCUUGUGAAGGUGCUGUUGCAAUUUCUUGCGUUUAUUUUACACAAGGGAAGGGGGACAGAAAAGCAACCUUGCAAUACAGUGUUGGACGAUUGUCUAGCGAUGGUUAUGAAGGACGUACGUAUAUAUAGCUACAUGCAAAUCGCUGAUUUCUCUUCUCAUCUCGGUAUGGAUUCAUAACCAGGCAACAGCGUCACCGGUCCUCGUAUCAGGCUUCACGUCUCAUCUCGCUCGUGUUGAAGUGCUAGGAGGCUUUAACGUCCGAUAUUACCGUUUACUCCGUGUUUGUUCAUAUGUAAAAAGCGAAAAACAACAACUACGACGGGAAGAAGAAAAAAAAAGACGUUUUAUUUCGCAGAGACUUUGUUUAGCCAAAAUUGUGUAGUUUGUGAAAGUGUAAAAAUCUGCACGAAAAUGUUUAGACACAAUUCAGAUGCUAAAAUGUCAUAGUCUUCGAUCCAUCGCAUCUAGACUGGACACGGUUCUAAAAAGCACUAUGACGAUCACUUCUAUGGGUAGUUCAGAUAGACUUUUUACAUUACUUACAGUAUAUAUUUACAGUUCUUAAAUGUAGAAUUAGCUUUUAUUUUUGUUUCUGCUUAAAAUGGUAAUUUUACAAUACAUAUGGAUUUUCUUCAGUGUACAGUAUAGAUACAGCAUUCUCUUCGCUAUUACAGUAAGUCUUCUUUUCUCCUUGCUUUUUAACAAAGGUACAUUUUUUAAAAAAAAAAUCUUAAUUUAUAAAUAAUAUCUAUUCCUAGAGUAUAGGCUUGUGGGCACAGAAAAGACCUUGGAAAACAUCACCAAUAUUUAUAUGUUUUGCUCGCUUGACAGAGUGAAUAUUACUUGGAGCCGCUGGAAUGACUGGUUUUGUUGUAUACGCUCAGAGUUUUUUCGUAACGUACAAAAUAUAUUGCGCAUCCCGUAAUGCUAAGUGGAUCCAGUCCGUUUUCCCCAUCUCUGUUUUUAAACGGUGAGAUUCAAUCUAACCUUGCUGCACUGAAAUCUCUCAUCUUGCAGUUUUUCCUUCUUCUAGCAAACAAAGACGUAAUAUUCUCUACACGACGGUCGAAACAAUCCAAAACAAGAGUAUCCAUGUGUUCAUCAGCAUCUACAACAGAUAGUACUGUAACCAAAACAACACCUAACACUGUACAUGUGGAGUUUUACAAUGCCUCUCCUUUGUAGAAGAAAAAAAAAUGAUGAAGUGCCUCUUUUUACAGAUCCAAGCUUAAUAAAGCUCACAAUAAUACUGUUAUUUUUAUUCUGUAAUAAUAAUACAGUAAAAAAAACAAAACAAUAUUCACUGCCUAAAAUGAAACAAACACACGCAUAUUUAUCAACUGUCAGACAGAUCCCUCGGUGAGGCAAGCGCGAGGACUACCAGCAAUAAUAAUCACGAAAUAGAUCUGAAAUGUCACAAAAAGGA